AUGCUUUCUCACUGCCAAAUCGAAUUGGGUGGCAAAGUUCUUUCUAAACGCCGCUUCAAUCCCGAAUUCAAUAUGACCUUUGAGGUGUUAAAGUUUCUGCAGUCUGCGCACAGCAACGGGAUUUUGACUUGCGAAGGUUUCUUUUCGUUGGAACCUGUUCAGUUGACGAUAUUGAAACAGCUGCUGUCCGAUUUCGAUGUCACAGUGGUCUAUGUGUACCGGAGUCCUUUACCAAAGAUGCUUUCGCAAUGGCGUUUCGCCAGCAAACACGAAUCUAUACGAGAGGGCCUUGCAGAAUACUUUUGGACUUCCAGCUGGAACCAGGCAGCAGAUAUCGACAAAUUUAUUGAUGCGUUUGGGCGCGAACACGUGCGCAUUCUGGACUAUGAAGGCGUGUUGCUUGCUGGGGAGAACUUGGCGAAUGUCGCUCUUCAAGUUGUUUUUGGAAACAGUUCAGCGUUGGAGCUUCCAAGCGACAACAUUGUGAACCCUUCCGAAGUACCCACGUACUAUCACAUACGGUCUGUGUUUGGAUACUUUUCAAGCUUUGUGCGCGCUAAGUAUGGGUGCAAGGUGGUGCGGAACAUUUCAUUCAACUACUAG